GUGUGGUGCGUGUGUGUGUGCGUGUGUGUGUGUGUGUGUGUGUGUGUGUGUGGUCACUGUCACAUAUCCACCUGUCCUGGACAACAUGUAUCUUCCAUUGACCUUCAGCCUCAGAUGAUCCUCAGGUGGAAGAAGACCCGCCCUCCCUCUGCUUCUGAUUGGCUUGCCGUGAGGUUCCUUCCCUUUGUCCAGCCAAUCACAACUCUCCCCCUCUCUAAGCCAAUCCGAGGCGGUGUAUGGCCGCGGCAGUAAACCCACGACCCCCGUGUUUCUGAGUCGCAGGACGCCAGGAGGACGCACGCGACCCGUCGAGUGGAAACUACUUUCUUCGUCUCUCAGUGGGAAUGUGUCAACCGGGCUUCGGAGGAACCGCAGCGUCGGAUCCACUCUAUGGAUAUUUUGCAGCUGUUGCAGGACAGGAUGGACAGAUCUCGGCAGACGAGCUGCAGAACUGCCUCACGCAGUCCGGCAUCUCUGGCUCAUAUAAGCCCUUCAGCCUGGAGACCUGCCGACUGAUGAUCAGCAUGCUGGAUAGGGACAUGUCCGGCACCAUGGGCUUUGCUGAGUUCAAGGAGCUGUCGCAGUCUCUGAACCAAUGGAAGACUGUCUUUGUCUCAUACGACCAGGACCGCAGUGGAACAGUGGAGGGCCAUGAGCUGCAGAAGGCCAUUGCCAGCUUUGGUUACAGUUUGAGCCCUCAGGCCCUGAACAUCAUCAUGAAACGCUACAGCCUGAACGGCAGGAUCACCUUCGACGAGUUCUUGAGCUGCUGCAUCCGACUGCGCAUCCUGACUGAUCAGUUCAGAAGAAGAGACACAGCCCAAAGUGGCCGCGCCUCGUUUCAGUACGAUGAGUUCAUCCAGGUCACCAUGAGCUCUUGAAGAGGAAACACAGCAGAAACAUCCAACUCUCACAUUAACAGCAUGUGAUCUUUAUAUGGACUCUGCUGUCUUUUACUUUUUAUUAUAUCUCUUGUAUUUACUGGAUUAAGAUGUCACUGUAACAUUCCAUUUCAUUAUGAACGUUGAACAUGUCUCUGCCUUCACCUCAGCAGUAACUGCACAUGUGAUCAUGUAUGAAGUAAAUAUGAAGUAAAUAAACAUGGAGCGUGUCUA